UCUCUUACCCCCUCAACGCUCAACGCUCCGCCCUCUUCACGAUGCACUUCCGCUCUCUCGUUCUCGCCGCCCUGGCACUGGCACCCUCCGCUCUGGGCCAGAUCGCCAACAGCUCCUACGUCACCACGGAGCUGGCGUCUACGCUGCUGCAGUUCCGCGCCGCCGGUCUCGUGCCGCAGUACAUCCCCGAGGAGCGCAUCCGUCUCGCCUCCUCUCUCAGCGUCAGCUUCGGCAACGUCUCGGCGCCACUGGGCGCCACGCUCGCGCGCAACGACACGCAGGAGGCGCCGACGCUGCGCAUGAACUACACGCAGCACGUCGACUCCAUGGAUGCCUUCUCCAGCCGCGCCUACACGACGCUCAUGGUCGACAUGGGCGCGCCCGGCGUCGGCUUCCCCAACGGUGCCGUCGUGCGCCACUACCUGAGCAACAACGACACGCUCACGGGCUCGAACGGCACCGUCAUGUCCACCGGCCGCGCUGUGACGAGCUACAACGGCCCCGCACCUCCCGCCGGCUCGGGCCCGCACCGCUACACUCUCCUCGUCGUCGCGCAGCCAGCCGGCUGGAUGGCGCCCGCCAACCUCUCCGCUCCCGCGCCGCUCGUGACCGACUUCCAGCUGAACGACUACCUGAACUACGCCGGCCUCGGCCAGAUCAUCGCCGCCUCCUACUUCAUCGUCGAGGGCGCAUCGCCCACGACGGCCUCCGUGUCGAGCACGCAGGCCGUGCCCACUGCCAGCGUGCAGGCGGCGGCUUCCACGAUCAGCGCCUCACUCAUGAGCGCAUACGCCAGCCCGACGAACGCCGUCACCAGCAUGAACAGGGACGCUGGCGUCGCCAUGGCGCCUGCCGCCUUCGCUGCGACGCUCAUGGCACUCGUCGCCGGCGCCGCUCUUGCCUGAAAAGCAUGCGCCGUGCCUCAAAAGCGCAUCGUUAGCGCAUCCUUCGUUCUUCCUUGCUCUCGUCGCACUCGGCCCUGUUACACUAUCCCGCGUCACCCUAAUUCCCUGGACCACACCUCAUAGACUCGGCUCGCCGGACGUCGCCAUCCACGCCAGCCCCUUCUGCCUGCCUCGGCAACUGUAGCAUCACUCUUUUCAUCCUGGUCACUCAACUCUGCU